AUGUCUGCUCGGCGUUGUUUAACAUUAGCUGAAGCUGUGAAUCUGAUUGAAAAUGCAUCUGAUCUUGAGGAUGACGGUGAAAUCUUAAUUUUACCACCUAAUGAUCGGCUGGAGGAUUCCGACAUUGAGGAUAUCAAUGAAAAUCAAUUGGAUAGCAUUGAUCCCGGCGAAGUAUGCGGCGAAUUGGAUGUUAUUGUGAAAAAUGCGUCUUCGGCAAAUAAUAUUUCAGAUGACUCAGACGAGGAAAUUUUAACAAGAAAGCAAAACGGUCAAAAAAAAGAUGGUCCCCAACCUAAAUGGAUGAAAAAGAAUAAUUUUGAAAAACCAUUACCAAAAUCGAAACCUAAAUCAUUGUCUCAGCCGCCAACGUUCCCAAAUGGGAACAUACCUACAUCUCGACUUUUUGAUGACGUAUGUAAAAGGCUAACUUCGACAAACAAAAGAGUUAGCAUCGACAGGAUUGACCAUUUUCAAAGCCAAUUGGAAACUCAGAAGCGAUGCGCUCACUGCCACAAAAACACAAGAAAAGGGUGCAAAAAAUGUAAUAUAGGAUUGCAUGAUCAUUGUUUUGAAAUAUGGCAUAUGAUUGAAACAUAA